UCUCUCACAAACGGAAGGGAAGAUGGGCAGUAGAAUAUCCAAAUGAAUAUUUUUCGAAAGACCAAAGAUGCAGUUAGCUGUCAUGGUGUCCCUGCUGGUGGCACUUCCGGCCUCUGUCGCGACUGAAAACACGAAUGAAAUACCGACGUUAAUUUAUUCCUCGCCUGGCGAUUCCCUCAAAGGUGACCAAAGCUUAACCAAACGCACCAUAGCGUUCAGUUCUUGCACGGGCGUCUACGACCGCGAACUCCUUGUAAGGCUCGACCGCGUGUGCGAAGACUGCUACAACCUCUACCGCGACGUUGUAGUGGAGGUCCAAUGCAGAAGUAAUUGUUUCCACAACGAUGUGUUCCUCCACUGUGUGUACUACCUGUACCGUAGCCCUCGCCAAAGGAACAAGUACCGGGACGCCCUACAGAAGUUCGGCAAGUAGGCGGAUUCUCUUCGGC